AUGGAGCGUUCAUGCAGUAAACACCACCAACGAUGUCAGCGCACUGAUUCCCGUUAUCGACAUCAGCAGAAGAGUCACAACUGUAGGGGCAAUUCAGACAAUGUAGCAAGGAAUUACUAUCCAGUAGGCGUUGAUCACCGACGUUCGAGUAUGCAUCGUCGCCAGCCUGUUGGAUACGAGGAAAGCCGCCACAGAAAACCCACUAAUCACUAUCACAACACCAAUCACAACUGCCAUCAUAAACAAUAUUAUGACAGUCCUUAUCGUUAUAGACGUGAUACCAGUAGUGGAGAUACCUCAAGCUAUACAAGUACGAGCUCGAGCGAGAGCUAUGAAAGAAUGCCAAGAUACAGUGGUGGGGGUGGUCAUUACAAGAGACGUGGUAGAAGAACACCAUCACCAGUGACAGGUCGCAGUUCAAGAAGAAGUAGUGAUGACUCGAACUUUACUCCCUUGAACUACGGUACGCCUGGUUGCCCUGGAUGUCAACAGCAGCAACAGUGGGCUCAGGGGUAUGCUCCACCAAUGGGAGGUGGUCAGGCACCCCCACCUGCUCAGGGGGGAUGGAAGCAGGUCCCCGCCCAACCUUACGGUCAACCGGCUCCAGCAGGUCAACAACCGCCUCAACAACCUCAAAAUAAACCCCCUCCGCCGGAAUUAGAGGAAUUACGAAAGAACGUUUUUAAGGGGAUUAAGGAAUUUAGCAAGAGUUUAAGAAAUCAACAAUGGCUAGGUGACAUUGACUAUCUUAGAAGAAGUCGCAAUGUGAAACAUGGGCACAAGCCAGAAACCCUGGAAAAACAUCGACAGGAAUCAAAUAGAAGAGAUUGGGUACCAAUUUAUUGA